AUGGAUGGACAGCGCAACAUUUUCAUAAUAGGCGGCGGCAUAAUCGGCAACACCAUUGCCUACUUCCUCACGCGCCACCCCAAGUUCAAUCCGGCCGUGCACCGCAUCACCAUUUUCGAAGCCGGCUCCGCCAUCGCUACCGGCGCCUCCGGCAAGGCGGGCGGCCUGCUCGCGCUCUGGGCGUACCCGUCGUGCCUUGUCCCGCUGUCGUACCGGCUCCACGCCGAGCUCGCCGCCGAGCACGACGGCGCCGCGCGAUGGGGCUACCGCAAGGUCAAGUGCGGCACCGUCGAAGCCUCUGUGCCAGAGAGCAAGAUUGCCGCGAUGCGCGCGAGGCGGCGCGAGGCCGCCCCGGGCGCGCAGGGUGGCGAGGAGGGCAAAGUGUGGGAGAAGCUGCCCAAGCAGGAUGCAACCGCGCAGGAGCUGCUCAAGGAAGCGCCGCUGCCAAAGGAUCUGGACUGGGUAGACAACGACGUGGUUCUGGACUGGACAGAGAUGGCGCGCGGGGGAGCGGCAGACACGGCACAGGUGCACCCUUACCACUUUACCAUGUCCAUGGCAGGCCUGGCCGAAGCAGCGGGCGUCAAGACGAGGACAAAGGCGCAGGUGACUGAUAUCAAGGUAAAAAACGGUAAAGUUGAGGGCGUCGAGUACAAGGACCGCGAGACGGGAGCGACGGUGUCACUGGAUGACGUAACAGACCUCAUCGUGGCUGCCGGACCGUGGACGGGCAAGCUGCUACCGCGAUCCAAAGUGGACGGCCUGCGCGCGCACAGCGUCGUGUACGAGGCCGACCUUAGCGCAUUUGCCGUCUUCACCGAUGUUGAGCUACCGCGAAGCUUUGUGCCCGAACACCGCGCCGCCAAGGGAGAAAAGAGGAUGCACAAGGGCCACGUCGACCCCGAGAUCUACGCGCGGCCCUUUAAAGAAGCUUACGCUUGCGGCGAGCCCGAUACCCUCGUCCCGCUGCCCGACGUGGUCGACGACGUGCGCCACGACGAGGGCCUUUGCGACGACAUCACGGCCUACAUUGCGACAUUUAGCCGCAUUCUGGGCGCCGCGCCCGUCAAGGCGAAGCAAGCGUGCUACCUCCCGCGGCACAUGCGCUUCGGGCAAGAGAGCGGCCCGCUGGUGGGCAGAACGGUAGUGUCGGGGCUGUACGUGGCCUCGGGCCACACGUGCUGGGGGGUGCAGAAUGCGCCGGCGACGGGCAAAUUAAUGGCGGAGAUGCUGUUUGACGGCGAGGCGACGAGCUCGAAUAUUGAUAACCUGGAUCCCAGAAAGUUCAAGGUAUAA